UUGAAAUAUUAACAGAAGACAUUUUUCUCUAAAAUUAAUUUACAUGUGGAAAAACUUGCUUAUAUGUUAGUUUGUACAGGUGCUUGCAGAAAAACCUUGACUUUGUUUAUGUAAAAGACAGAUUUAAUCAGAUUCAACGUAAAACAUUUCUACUGGCUUGCAACAUUGGACGAAAAUCUACUACUAAUUUAAUACUAUGCAUCGACAUGUAACCUUUGUAAAGAAAAUAAUUAAGCUUGAAAACUUUGGACGAUAUUCUAAGAAUGGUUAUACACUUGUUGGCUGUUGUAACUCUGUAAUAAAUAGACACUGGUACAACACUGGUACCAACAAUCCAAGCACCUACCAUACACAGUUUCCAGCAAAAGAGGAAAAAGAAUCCUGGGCAAUACAGAAUUUUGAAGAUAGGCUGUUUGAUUAUCUUAGUGAUAAUGGAGACAGGUUGAGCGUGCAAAAAUUUAGAACUGUAAGAAAUUCCAUUUUAUCAUGUUUAAACUAG